GCGUCAUUCCACCCUCGCCCACCGUCCCGCGGGGCAAGGGGAGUGCGCCUGCGCACUGUUGUUCUUUGGUGCUUCCCUCACCUGCGGAGUGCGGCCGUUCCUAGCGGCAGGUUGGUAAAGGAACGGGAAAGAUGCCGUUGGGUCUGAAAGCCAGGAGGAAGAACAAGUCUCGGGAUAGUUCCGCCUUAGUGGAUAACGAGGGGGGUUCGGCAUGGAGGGGCGGCAGUGCCGGCGCUGUUUCCCACGAUGGCGUUGGACUCGGGCUCCCUGCGCCGCCGCCUCACGCCCGGCCCAAACUGGUCUUCCACACGCAGCUGGCGCACGGCAGCCCCACCGGCCGCAUCGAGGGCUUCUCCAAUGUCCGUGAGCUCUACGCCAAGAUCGGCGAGGUGUUCGGCAUCCCGCCCUCCGAGAUUCUUUUCUGCACAUUGAAUACUCACAGAAUUGAUAUGGACAAGCUCCUUGGAGGACAGAUAGGCCUGGAAGACUUUAUUUUUGCACACACAAAGGGCCUGAAGAAAGAAGUUGACGUGUUUAAAGCAGAGGAUGCUCUGGGACUUACUAUAACUGACAACGGGGCAGGAUUUGCUUUUAUAAAACGCAUAAAAGAGAACAGCAUCAUCGACCGAGUCAAAGUAAUCCUUGUCGGUGACCACAUUGAAUCAAUCAAUGGUCAGGGUGUAGUGGGAUGUCGGCACUAUGAAGUGGCCAAGAUGCUGAAAGAGUUGCCAAAAGGCCAAACAUUCACUUUGAAACUGGUAGAAACUACAAAAGCGUUUGAAGCGAUUGAACCGAGGUCACGAGGAGCCAGACCUGGUGGUGAAGGCAAAAUUGGUACAGGGAGGGGCACAUUGCGAUUACGUUCAAAGGGCCCUGCAACUGUUGAACAAUUGCCCACUGAAUUCGAAGAAAAGGCCAUCGGUAAAGUUGAUGAUUUGUUGGAAAGUUACAUGGGUAUAAGGGAUACAGAGCUAGCUGCAACCAUGGUUGAGGUCGGAAAGGACAAGAAAAAUCCUGAUGAAUUUGCAGUGGCUCUGGAUGAAGCUCUUGGGGACUUUGCGUUUCCGGAUGAGUUUGUCUUUGACAUUUGGGGUGCAAUAGGUGAUGCGAAGAAGGGAAGACUUUAAUGCCAACAUUUCUGUAAAGAUCAGUGAACAGUGUUUGGAAACUCUUGGUUCACUGUUCCCUUCUUUUAUGUCAAGUGGACAAUUAACUCAUGUAGAUUGAAAAUGGAAAGAAUGCUGUUUUAACUGAAAUAAUUCAUUUUCCCUGUGACUGUUAAUUCACGCUAUUUCAGUUGAAUUUUAUCAAGUGCUUUUUUUCUAAACUAGAAGACAGUAAUCAUAAAUACAAGGCCAUAUAAAAUAUAGCCAAUGAAAUGCAGCACUCUCCAUACUACACUGCCUGCAGUCCCUAAACGAUUUUGUUGGGAAAAAGACAUGCAGAGCUGCCUUGAUCAACCCUAGCACACACCCAAUUUUUCCAUGAGUAUUGAUUAAUUUUUCAGUUUUCCUCCUCUCGCUCCCUGGUGUUUGCUGGAGAUCAGCAUUCAAAACGAAUAUAAUGGAAGGUGACUGGGAUUAAGGUUAUUUAAGCUUACCCUCCCUCCACUUAUCAAUAAUCAAAGCAUUUAUAACCUAAUUGACCAUUUACUAAUGUUGUAAUUGGGUAAAGUGUAAUAAUGUGAGCAGGAUAGAUAUAAUUAAAAUAAGAAAUUACAGCGAUAGAUGUAUUCAGUACUUAGCGUGUCUAAAAGGGAGUAUAUGAAAUUUAUGAAACUCUGGCUUGGUGCUGAUUGUUGGGUACUAUGUGGCAGUAUUGGCUGUGUUGCAGCUCCCUGUAAAUGUCCUAAAAGGCUAACGGCAUCAUUGAUUAACAGUGACUAUAUAAAGUAUAUUAGACCAAAGAUUUUCUAAAGAAUACUUUGCACACUCCAGUUGUUUGAAUUGAGUGGGGAUUUUAUAUAAUGUUAAGCAUAUAUGGGCCUAAUAUAUUUUGACUGAAAUUAUAAAGAACUCCAAACCAAAAAGUUUGUUUUUAAUAAUAACUAUCUAGGUUUUUUAUGAAACAUAAAUUUACUCACCGCAGUGUGCCUAAUGCCAUACCACAGUGUUUUGUAACCAAACUAUUAAUUUUGAUCUUUGCAUGAAAUGUGGUACUAGAACUAUCGUCUAAUCAGAAUUUUAUUAGGAUUUCUAUUUAAAUAUAGAUCCAAUACUUCCUACUUUGAGAUCAUUUAAUCUAUAAAUACACUUUGCCUGUUGAUUUAUAUGAAUACAGCUGCAAGUUUACUGGAAUCAUUUAGCUUUUCCUUAAAUGGGCCAAUGCCCUCAUCUGCCACAGUUCCUUAAUACCCACUACCGGCCUCCUUGGAAGCUAUUCUUUAAUCCCAGUGAUUCAGGGAACCUGGGAAAUGAGCCAGAACUUCCUGGAAGUAUCAUUAUUGUGUAACAUUGUUUGGUGACUCAAGCUAUAUAAUUAUUUUUCCACACUGUUUGGAACAUUAUAAUUUUUUAAUGCAGUAUAUAAUCUGACACAAUUGAGAUUGCAUCCUGCUUUGGAUGUCGAUAAUCAUUUAUUUAUUUAAACCUUUGUUCUGCGUCUUGGUGAAUUUGUUCAUGUUGCUUUAUUUUUCAAUGGGGUAUAGGUGCUUAAUCUAUAUUAUAUCACUGUGUCUAUGUAGUUUCUUUACUGAAACACUUACCUCAAAAACUGCUACCAGAAAGCAUUCAACAUUAGUGUGUUUGGAGCCUUGCCAGUCCUCAACUGAAGUUUAAAUCAGCAUUCUCAAUAAUUUGUGUCUCAGACUGCCAGUAUCAGCAGGUUUUGGUAUCUUAAUUUGGAAUUUGUUGACCAAUAAGGGGACAGCACAAUCUUUCCUUUGCACCACUGUUCUCCCACGCUUCCUCCAACUUCCCAAAUAAUUUGGCACAAUCCAAACCCACAGGCUCUCAAAACUGAAGCAGGAAUAACCAGAGUCAGAAAGUAAGUUGGCUUGACCUGCUUAAAACCUGGUGAUUGCUUAUCAAUCACAGUUUGGAUACCUCUGUUCAAUGGGACCAGUUUUUGUUUCCAGUUCAUUCAAAUUUCUUCUGCACUUUCAUUUCCAGAUCAAAAAUUAUAGAAUAAAAUAAUCAUCAAUUUUCACAAAGGGUGUCACACAAUGGGAUUGGGGGGGGGG